CAACCAAAAAUCUAACAUUUUUUUGUUUAUCUUGGAAAUCAGCGCACACUGAUAAUUUAAGAGAAAAUUCCACCAAUCCUUGAUUUAGAAAAAAAAUUGUCUAGCCGACUUAAUUUUUCAUUCUCCAUUUUACGAAACCGUAAAAAUCACCGACUUACGUUCACGCCACAUGACGCGAUUUCCAAUGUGUAUGACAAAGGAGAACAGAUAGAACAUAGCGCCAAAUGUCAGCAUCUCUGCUGGUUUUCCUAUUAUUACACGCGGUAAAAAAUGGUGACAUCCAUGCCUUAUUUUAAGUUUAGACCCAUUUUUAUUAUAAAAAUGUGUAUUUUAUGAUAGUGUAAUUUAUUUCAGGGAUGCCUCACAGGCAAAUUUCGGGGCCAAGGCACAAGUUAGAGAUGGCUGAAUGCCAAGUAACACACUACCCCAAUCAAGAAAAAAUCUGCAAGUACCAUUAUGCCCCCUGGGGCUCCACUUGUGAAAUCCACUUUCCAAGGAGGCGAUCUCGAAGUGAAACCAAUGAUCCUUGCAGAAGGAGAGUGAAAGAAAUGAAAACUCUAACACCAAAAAAGUGUAGAACGCAAGAGUAUGAAAAUAUGGAUUAUGACUAUGAAGCCAGGGCCCAGUGGUCUGAGAAGUAUGAUUGUUGUAGAAUUAGGGCGAAUUUAUGUGAGCUUCCCACCACUUAUAUUUCAAAUAACUGUCAGUCAAACGUAACCAAGGCAUCAGCUGAUUCUGGAGAUUACAUGGAAUGUCUCAAAAGUGUCACAUAUGAUAAUACAGUAAAAUUUGUGGGUAGCGAUGAACAGUUAGAAAAUUUGGAAAAAGCUGGUAGCAUGGAACAUUAUACCAGGUUAAGCCCCAAUAAAUUCGAUUAUAGCAAGUGCCAAAAGAAGCCAGAUAUUAGGAGUCCAGGAAAAAAUAUAACAUUGCACUCUAGAAGUAUGAUCAGAGGAUUUAUGCCACUGCAAGACAAUCAUCCACCUGGUUUUAAAAGCCAAAGCAUGAAAAAUUUGGAGAUCAAUACUUCCAGCUGUAGAGAAUACUGUCCACUGGUUGAUUUCAAACUACAUAAUUUAUCAGAUCAUAGGCCAGUUUGCUACGAUACCGGCACAUACUUUGAUAAAAGGAUAGACCAUGAAAAUUUGAAAGAGAGAUACAAUGUAGAGUUGGAAUUUUUGAGAGAGAGGCUGAAAAAACUGAGAGACUCAGCUUAUGGAAUCGUUAAUGCUGAAAAACUAACAGUUGAAACAGCUCCAAAUGGAAUAAAGAAUAAUAAUGCUAAAGAGAUAAAAAUUACAGCUUUGGAGGUGGAAAUGAAAGUAAAUAAAAAGGAAAAGAUUAAAGUGAUAUCACCUCCUGUUUCUAGACAUAGUAAGAAUAGGCUAGUGGUUCGAACCAAAGGAAAAGUUAACCAUGUUAAGCUCAAAAAAAUUCCAAAACCAAAAAUACCAACCAGUGCCUCAACUAGCUCUAAGUGUGCUGAAAGUGACUUUAGUGGAUCUGAUACUGAACAUGAAGUAAACAGUGAUGAACUUGAUAACGUUAGUGAAAAAUCAUUAGAAGGAAGUAAUAGGGAAUCAUCAGAAGUUGGUUCGUCUCUUGGUCCGCAAGAGUCAGGUUCUGGCGACUCUGCCACUUGGCCGAUCCGUCCAAGUCUGUUUCCAAACAUUCCUCCAUACAUACAUUUCAAUACUCACGACUCAAAAGAAGAGUACACAAUUCCAGGAAAAAGGCAUUUCAAAUGGAAACUAACCACAAUCACACCAGUUAUAAUUCGGAAAACGAUAACAAACUCUGGAUUUGCACUGGUCAGAAAAUCAAACCAAUGGCUAGGAACCUGGGGAAAACACAUGAAAUCGCCGAUGUUCAAAACGCUAAAAGACUCGCAAAAGCUGAAUCAUUUUCCUGGUACAUUUCAAUUAGGUAGGAAAGAUAGAUUAUGGAGAAAUUUCCAGAAAAUGAUUGCUAAAUAUGGUCACAAAGAGUUUGGAUUUUUACCGCUCACAUACGUUCUACCUCAGGACUUGAGAUUGUUGAAACAAAGCUGGGAAUUUAGAAGCAGUUGUGGAGAACUGUGGAUUAUCAAGCCACCUGCCUCUGCACGUGGUGUUGGUAUCAAGGUGAUCAACAAAUGGUCGCAGCUGCCGAAAAAGACCUCAUUGGUCGUUCAAAAAUACAUAGCGAAUCCCUACCUCAUAAACGGCAGCAAGUUUGACCUUAGACUGUACGUGCUUGUCACCAGUUUUGAUCCCUUGAGGAUAUACUUGUACCCGGAAGGGUUAGCUCGUUUUGCCUGUGCCAAAUAUAGUGAUGACGCUAAAGAUUUGAAGGAUAGGUAUAUGCAUUUAACAAAUUAUAGUAUAAAUAAAUUAUCGAGUCAGUAUACAGCGAAUGAAGAUGCCAAUGCAUGUCAGGGGCACAAAUGGACUCUUUCAAAGUUUAUGGAAUACAUGCAGGGAAUAGGCGUAGAUACCAAAGCAUUAUGGAAAAAUUUCCAGUCACUAGUUGUUAAGACGAUGAUAGCGUGCGAAGCGCCUAUCGUAAAGCUUUGCGAAGAAAAUAUGAGUAACCGGUACAAUUGCUACGAAUUGUUUGGCGUUGAUGUUUUGCUAGAUGAUAACUUGAAGCCAUGGUUGCUAGAAGUGAACAUAUCCCCGAGCCUGCACAGCGCGUCGCCCCUAGAUGCUCACGUGAAAGGGCCCAUGGUACAAACGCUCUUCAACAUGGCCCAAUUUCACCUGCCUCAAAGAUUGGCUAUGCAAUGUCGCAACUGUCCACCAUGUUACGAACCGAAACUGUACUCAACUAAUUUGACCAAAAAAGAGCGGUCGAAACAUACUAAGUACGCACAAAUGGGAAAUAGGGAGGAUUAUUUGGAGGCUAUGUUGAAGGAUAUUACGGGAGAUGAUGUGAGACAGUUAACCAGGGCGGAGGAUGAAUUUGUUGUCAAGGGCAGGUUCGAGAAAAUUUUUCCAACCUCGCAGUCAUUCAAGUACCUGAAUUUCAUGGAACCUCGCUACUACAAUAGGUUGUUUGAUGCUUGGGAAACGAAGUAUGAAAAUAAUAGAAAAGAAGGUAUCGCUUUAUUACAAUCCCUGUGUGCGAAAAAAGUGCACUUAAAAGUUGCUUCACCCAAUUACUUUAGUGAGGCGAAAAAUUUCGUCCUGGCUACCAUACAGACCAUUUGUUCCCAAUGCCGCAAGUGGUCAGAAUAUGAAGCAUUCAGAGGCGAGUAUUCAACCAUCAACGGAGGGGCAGAGCUAUCCUCUGGAAGAGAUACUGCGCCAGGCCAGUAUAACUAACGAGGUACCACAUUAACAUGUUCGUUGGGUGAAGAUGUUCCACGUGAGUGAGGAUUGCUCGAACUGUUUGGUAAUUACCUCGAGCGUUAAGGACAUCUAGUUUGAGGAUGGAUAAAAGCACAGUUCUUCUGGGUGUCGAAGCAGACAGUGAUGUACAAAGAUGUGUAAUACGGACAUGUUAGCGCCAGCAUCUGACUGCCAUCAUUGAGUAUAUUUUACGUUAUAUUAUACAGGUUUAGUUAUACUAUUUUCUUAGAAAAAAAUGUAUAAAUUUAAUGUUCAUUAUAACUUCAAAUUUCAGUAAACUCGUUGGCAUUUAAUUGUAUACAUAUUUUUUGAAUAAAAUAUUUCUU